AUGCCGAUGGGCGCUACUAACGCACCACGACACUUCCACCACGUCAUGGGGAAGAUACUCAGCCAUCUGCCGUUCGCCAGCGAGAUACGCUACUACCAAGAUGACAUAUUCAUCUCCGCCACCGACCAACGACAACUCAAAUAUCGAUACGAACAGGCCAUCGAAUACCUCAACAACUGCCACUUUCAAAUCAAUCAUACCAAAUCGCAACUCAAGUGUACAGAACUACUGGGUUAUACUUUGCAUAACCACCAACUAUCAAUCCCUCAACCGAAAUGGGACCGCAUAGACCAAAUGCUUAA